AGAAUUGCCAGACUUAAGUGGCAGUGGGCGGGCCACAUUGCUCGCAGAACCGAUGGCCGAUGGAGCAGAAAGGUUCUCGAGUGACGACCACGUACCGGAAGACGCAGCGUGGGAAGGCCCCAGACUAGAUGGACCGACGAUCUGGCUAAAGUCGCGGGAAACUGUUGGUUGAGGGAAGCGAAUGACCGUUCGUUGUGGAGAUUCUUAGAGGAGGCCUUUGUCCAGUAGUGGACGUCUUUCGGCUGAAAUGAUCAUAAUGAAUGAAUGAAAAACAUUUAUUUCGAGUAACUAUGGACUCAUACAAAUUUGUUAGUAUACUUACGUUUCUAAUGCUAGUACUUAAUUAAUUAUUCUAUAUCUAUUUAUAAAUUAUCAUAAUAUGUAUACACUGCUGGAAACAUGCCUUUCGCAGCAGUGUCUCAUGUACGGGCAGUCAAGUCUGUCCGCUAUCAGACACAGGAUAGGGUUGGGGCUGGCCCGCACCCGGCGCACCAGGGAUAUGCAUCGUUUGCGCAUAAUAGUUGCAUAGAAGCAGUCCACGCGCGGUUCUGCAAACAUCCCUGAAGCGCUGCAGAAACGAGGCAGCCCCAUCAACACCCGGAACGCGUUGCUAUAUUGUACCCGGAUAAUGAUGAUGAUUAGGUAUCUACAGUAAUAAUUUAUAUAAUUUUCAUUGCAAGAUCACAUGCUAAUAUGCGACAACACCAAAUAAACAACUGUUCAUGUUAAAUUAGCCACGGCAUAAAACAAUGUAACGAUUAAGGGCAUUGUACGAAUUCUAUCAGUCGCCUAUCGCAAGCUAUCCGAUUAGAUUACGGCUGACUCACUCCAAACAUAUAAACGGAUACGCAACUUAUCUAUCGCAUUCGCAUUCGAUGUUUCACUAAUAAUUUAUAUAGUGCCCUUACUUAAAAACAACACAAAACAAAAAAAUACGAAAUAAUUUGAGUCGUUCCAUAUUUAAACAUAUCCGUGAAAUGGUUUACCCGCCGCCCGGACCGCCGCCACCACCGUACUACGGCCCUCCACAUCCAUGGGGCCCUCACCCCCACUACCCGCCACCGCCGCAUAUGUAUCCACCCCCACCGCACGACGGUGGAUACCCUCCAGGACAAUACCCACCACCACCACAGCCUUUUUAUGUUCCUGGGACUAUGAUGGUGCCGGUACCUGUACCGCCAGCUCCUCAAGACCCCGCUAACAACGCAACUUAUAUUACUAACUAUAUCUACCACGGUGAAAGUCCAGCUUCAAGCUCAGUCCCAGCGAUAGUCGAUGAAGUACGAGUAGUGGAAGAUUCUGGAGAACACGAAUGGGUUCCAACAACAGCGACAAUGGCCAGUCAUUUGACAGGGCGAGCAGUGGUUGGCGGUCACGAAGGUUGGGAUGGAAGCCCGUUAUGGGUCAUAAGGGCGUGGCAUGCUGGAGAUCUGAUCCCAGGGAAGCUAUCUAUCCGGCAUUGCGCUGCUACUGUCGUCCAUGAUGGGAAGGAAAUACCGGUGCAGAAUAUUGAAGUGCUGUGCUCUAAGCCUGAAUGUUUAAGAUGGGUGCCUGCGUCUACGGGUAACGUUCCUCCUGGGGCAAUUCCUGGAGGUCGAACGUCUUCUGGAGAGACGUUGUACGUCGGCAGAGCGAGAUACCAGCUCUCUGUGACGCCGGGAAAGGUCCAUCCGAGCCACAGUUCGUGUUACAUCGGUUUUUCCGGGAAUGAGGUGGCGCAUAAAAUGUAUGACGUGUUGUGUAGAGCUAGCUGAUUGUGAUAUUUGUUGUUGAAGUCUGAGAUAUCUCAUCGCUUAUCGUUUCUUUGUUCGAUAGAUAGUGUUAAGUACCUGUUAAUAUUGCAAAUAGCUAAGAAUAAAAUCAUGGAGUUGAUUUAUUCCAAAGUGAAGCUAAAGUUGGAUUUA